AUGUCUUAUCCUCUCUUGAAUCUACGGGGAAUGGACUCCAAGAGCCAUGUUGAUGUUCAGAACCGCGCUGCUCAAUACGCAAGAAUAGCUUCCUUCGUGAAUGCUGAUCCUGACGAAAUUGCGUUCGGUCCUUCGACAACUGGCCUGUUGCGAACAUUGACCAAUUCUCUACGUCCAAACCUCAACGCAGACUCAGAGAUCAUUGUAUCUAUACUCUGCCAUGAAGCUGGAAUCACCGCAUGGCGCGCCUUGGCAAAGAGUCUAGGUAUAGUCAUCAAAUGGUGGGCUCCCCCAAAAGUCAAUGGAUACAACACAGACCCCAAGCUCACCCUGGAAUCACUGCGGCCACUUUUAACCCCAAAGACAAGACUUGUUUGCUGUGGCCAUGUUUCAAAUAUCACCGGGACAAUCGAGCCCAUAAAGGACAUCGCAGACCUCGUUCAUACCAUACCCAGCGCCAUGGUAUGUGUUGACGGAGUAGCAAUGGCACCUCAUCGCCCUAUUGAUGUUAAAAGCCUGGAUGUCGACUUUUACAUCUUUAGUUGGUAUAAAGUUUUUGGUCCUCAUAUUUCUCAGCUUUACGCUCGUCGGCGGAUUCAACAGCGCUGGCUGACCAGCCUCAAUCACUAUUUCUUCGAGCCCAAUGCCUUGUCCAUCAAGCUUGGCCUUGGAAAUCAUUGCAUUGAGCUCGAACAUUCUGUUGUCCCUAUCAUCAACUAUCUGGAAGACCAAAUCGGCUGGGAACCCCUUAUUGCUCAUGAACAAGCCAUCACCGGAUAUCUCCUUCGCUAUCUGAAAGACAACCCAGAUCUUUACACUGUGUACGGAUCACAGUCAUCAGAUCGUAACGAUCGCGUGUCUCUGGUUAGCUUUUCUGUAAACGGACUUUCGUCUGAUCAGGUCGCAAACGAGAUUCACGAAACGUCACCUUGUCGGUUGAUAAGCGGAGACUGUUGGUCCCCUCGUACAGUCUACGAUAUCCUAGGACGCGGAGAUGAUGGUAUCAUACGGGUAAGUCUGGUGCAUUACAACACCAUAGAUGAGAUGAGGACUUUUACAGAAGUUUUGGAUCGCGCUGUGCGUCGCUUGAGCCACGGGGACUCUGGGUCAGUAGCCAUGCACGCUGAAGCUUUCUAG